AAGCUAUGAGGCCACCAAACACUAAACCAUUAGUCUCCUCCUCAUCGUCAUCUCCUUCAUUUUUGGUUCUGACAAUUGCUUUACCUUUAUUUAUCAUUUUAUUGUCUUUUUUUAUACUGUUUCCUGAUGAGGGCUCUUCUUUGUCUUCUUUGCCUUCUCCUACCACAUGGAGACUUGGGUUCUUCACUUCCUAUCCUUUUGCUUCUUUUUCACUAGCAAACAAAGCUCCUACAAGGAAUUACACCAUUUUCAAUAACAAUGGCUCCUCUAUUUUUUAUCAACCAGGACAUGAGCAAGUAAAAUUGAACCUUAAAGAAUCCGAUGAAGUUGGUGCUAAUGCCACAGCAGAAGUUGUGAAGAGAUACAGUAAGUUAGAGAAAAUGGAAGCAAAUUUGGCUAGGGUUAGAGUUUCCAUAAGAGAGGCUGCUCGAAUUCGAAACCUAACAUCCCUCCAUCAGGAUGAAGAUUAUGUUCCUCAAGGUCCAAUCUACAGAAAUGCCAAUGCCUUUCACAGGAGCUAUUUAGAGAUGGAGAAGCUAUUCAAGAUAUAUGUGUAUGAAGAAGGUGAAACUCCAUUGUUUCAUGAUGGUCCAUGCAAGAGUAUAUAUUCCUCAGAAGGAACUUUCAUUCAUGAGUUAGAGAAGGGAAAAUCUUAUAGGACUAGAGAUCCUGAAGAGGCUUUAGUUUAUUUCCUACCAUUUAGUGUGGUGAUGAUGGUAGAAUACCUUUAUGUCCCUAACUCCCAUGAGAUUGAAGCCAUUGGACGUGUGGUUGUUGACUACAUCAAUGUAAUUUCUAAUAAAUAUCCCUUUUGGAAUAGAAGUCUUGGUGCUGACCAUUUCAUGCUCUCUUGCCAUGAUUGGGGGCCACGUACAUCUUCUUAUGUUUCUCAAUUAUUCAAAAAUUCAAUUAGGGUUUUAUGCAACGCAAAUACUUCUGAAGGAUUCAAUCCAUCGAAAGAUGCAUCAUUUCCAGAAAUACAUCUAAAAACAGGAGAAAUUACAGGACUUAUCGGCGGCAGCUCCCCUUCUAGGCGAUCGAUUCUCGCCUUUUUUGCUGGCCGACUACAUGGAGACAUUAGGCGGCUACUACUAGAGAAAUGGAAGAACAAAGACAAAGAUGUACAAGUUUUUGAGCAAUUACCUAAGAAUGUGUCAUAUGAAUCAAUGUUAAAAAAGAGUAGGUUCUGCUUAUGCCCUAGUGGGUAUGAAGUGGCAAGCCCAAGAGUAGUAGAAGCUAUAUAUUCAGAAUGUGUUCCUGUUUUGAUUUCAGACAGUUAUGUCCCACCUUUUAGUGAUGUCCUAAAUUGGAAGGCAUUUUCUGUGCAAGUGGAAGUAAAAGACAUACCCAAAAUUAAGGAGAUUCUGAUGGGUAUAUCUCAAAGGCAGUACUUGAGAAUGCAAAGGAGAGUGAAGCAAGUCCAAAGACAUUUUGUGGUUAAUGGACCUCCUAAGAGGUUUGAUGUGUUUCAUAUGACUAUUCACUCUAUUUGGCUUAGGAGAUUGAAUAUUCAUAUUCAAGAUUAACAAUCAAUUAAUUAAAAUUUUUGAUUUUUUAUUCUU